AUGGCAUCAGAUUCGAAGAGUUAUGUUAACUUGAGUGGAUACCAAAUUCCAAAAACAGUGUUCGAUGACUUGAGUCCGAUAGAAAGACAUAAACUUAUGAUGUCAUUACGUCAUCUGGAAAAAACCAAAGUAGAAAAUAAUCAAGAGAAAUAUCUAAGUGAUUACGACAUUUUGAAGAAAAAAUACCAAUUUGUUCAUGAUGUGUCCACAGAAAAUAACUCCCUAUUGCAAAAAUAUUAUAAGAGCAUAUGUAACAAGUACGUCAUAUGUUACUUGGAUGAGUACAAAGUAAAGAAGAUCGGACUAAGGUGGAGAACAGAAGAAGAAAUUGUUAGUGGAAAGGGACACAUUAUAUGCUCAUCCAACGAAUGUGACAAUACAAAUUUGAAUACAUAUGAAUUUAUGUUUCGCUAUUCCGAGGAGGGCAUAGAGAAGGAGACCAAGGUGAAACUUCGGGCUUGUAUGGACUGUGCAUACAAAAUUAAUUACAGGGCAAUUAAAAAAUACCUCAAAAAAAAUCCCAAGGAAAAGGUGAAUAAAGAAAAACGAAAAAAGGAGAAUUGCACAUUGGGCAAGAGACAAAGGUGCGAUAAGGGUCACAGCAAAAGUGAAAGCAACAAAUUGAGUAGUGAUGACAACGGCGAGGGUCGAAGCAAGAGCGGAAGUGAACAUGGGAGGACAAGAAUGAAAAAUGAAAUAAAUAUUUCCCCAUUUUAUCCAUUUAGUGAAAAAAGGAAAUGUUGCAUAUACCAUAAACUUGUAUACCAUGUGUGUGUGUGUGUCAGAAAUUUCCACUCGAACGAACAAUGUGAGAUUAAUUCAUACCAUCCACAUAAAAUAAAUUCCCAUAUUAUAUACAACACGCAAGGAAAUAUUUACAAUUUUUUCAGUAAGAAUUGUUGGAUUUCUUUAUCUUAA